AUUCUUAAGAAUUGCAAUUUGCAUCUUUCGAAAAAAAAUUGCAAUUUGCAAAGCAAAGGCCAAAGAUGAAAAAAGCCCAGUAAAGAAGCGUUAACAACCUAAUCUCUAGGAAGGUCGGUUUGACAUUCGCUAUAAAUACACAUAGGCGAUUUCACUCUGCCUCUUUCAAUUCAGAUCUCACAAAUUUUCCUCCUCUCACAAGAUUCCUUAAGAGGAGGCGAUUUCCCAUUCUCUCUCUCUCUCUCUCUUCAUAUCUACGGAGGCGAAACCUAGGGUUUCCAAAUUUUUACGAGUCGAAGCCCGCCGAUCUUCAAUUAAAUCAACAGAUCUUCAGAUCUCAAACCCUUCUUUCGAUUUUUUCUGGGUACUAUUAGGAUUUUCUUGAUUUUUAAUUUUUAGAUCGGAUUAGAGAGAAAAAGAGGAAAAUAACAAAAAUAAAGGUUUUAUUAGAUUGUUCCUUUUGAUUUUUGAUCGAAUCAUCUGGUCUUCAGAUCUUUCAAACCCUUAUAUCAAAUUUUCUGGUUACUUUUUGGGUUUUCUAAAAUUUGAUUUUUAGUACGGACUAGAGAGAAAAGAGGAAAAUAACAAAAAAAAAGUGGAGAUUUAUUAGAUUGAUUGUUAGUUUUCGUGAGUGAAUCAAAUCAAGAAGGAAGAUGUCUCGUUGUUAUCCAUUUCCUCCACCUGGGUAUGCUGGGAAGUGCUCUAGCCACGAGGCCUUGAUCUUAUCGAUUAAGGUUUGUUGAGCCCCAAAACCCAUCCAAAUAUUAAAAAAAUUUUGUAAAUUUGCUCAACGUAUGACUUAUUCAUGAUUUAUGCUAUCUCGUGAUUAAUUGUUUGAAGAUUGUAUAAUUAUGUAAAGCAAUUAGCUAAACUCAAAUUGUAAAUGUAUUAUAUAAAGGUACAAAAGAACAUAGUAGCUAUAAAUGAAUGUUUAUUCUAUGGUAUUGUUUAUUUUAUGAUGCCCUUUUGUAAUUGAUGCCCUUGAUCAAUUUGACGCCUUUUUGUAUCUUUCAAAUGUUUGGAUGAAGUGUUAGUCCACAUUAUCACGGACCCAAUUUUGAGAUUUGUUUAAUGGCUGUUCUUGUAGUCUAGAAAAUUAAAUUAGGGUUUUACUGGGUUUUUUUUAAUAAGGUGUAAUAUUGGGUUUUUGGCAAACAUAAGUAUAUGUUAAUUUUUUCAAAGUUAAUGGUUUUGAGCAGAAAUUUUUUACAUUGUUCUAAGCACAAUUGUUGUUUGAGCUUCUGGCAUGGAAAAUUUUCCAUUUUUUGGUCUUCAGAAGCCAAUUCGUUGUGUCUUAAAGUUCACCAUUGUUUUAUUCACUUGACUUAAUUUGGCUUCCACCAUUUUUAUUCGUUUUGUUAAAUAAAGUUUCUAAUGGUGUUUUUAGAACUGAAAUGGGUAACUUUUGGUGCAAGUUUUUGUGGGUUAUUAUUUGAUUAAUACAUAGUUUGUGCGCUUAAAGCUCAUUUUUAUCCCAGUGAUUUUGUACUAUGGGAUGAUGUUUUUCCUGACUGAAUUUGAUAAAUGUGAAAGGCAUGAUGUGGUUGUUACCCUUGCAUGUCCCCCUGGUGAUGUUAAUUUGACUUGGGAUGCACUGUGAAUUUAUCCAUUCUGGUCAUGCUUGCUCUAUUAGCUUGCUACUAUCCAUUACAUGGUCUAAAUUUACUGUUUUUGGUGCUUUAAAGCUCCAAAAAGAAAGAGAAAGGGCGAUCUCAGACUGUGUAGCCGAGAAGCCCAUCUCAGACUUGAAAAAAGUCAAGUCUAAAUCUUCAGAAAAGAAGAAAGACAAAGCAGAUAGGAAGGAGAAGAAAGACAAAGAAGAAAGGAAGAAGGAAAAAAGGGAGAAGAAAAAAAGGAAAGAGGAAAAGAAGGGUAAAAUUAAUGCUCCUCUUCCUACUGAUGAAAUUGGAAAACGGGAUUUUGUAGAUAAGCCCCUUGAAUCCAAUGGAAAGUUCGAAAGGAGUGGUGUUACUGAAGAACAUGGCCGGCCGAUUGAUUCACAGAAUAAGUCUUGCUCUUCUGAUAGUACUGGGAACAGUAGUAAGAGGAAGUAUUGUUCAUCUCCUAGUAGCAAACAAAGCAAUGGGAAAAAAAUUCGAAUUCGCAUUUUGAGUCCUCCAGUAAAAGAUGAACCUAGUAAACCAGCAAUUAACGAGCAGCAACCUGUGGGUUUUACCUCACACAUCAGAGAAGAUCGCCCCGCAUCACAAAGCCUGGUUCGGCCUUGUGAUAGCGUUGUAAGGCUGGAGUCAUCCAUUAAACCAAAGAAUGCAAUUCCCCUUGUUCGAGGGAUUCCGAAAAAUGCUACUACUUCACAGCUAGUAUCCCGGCGUUGCGUUGUAAAACCGGAGUCAUCCAUUAAACCUAAGAAUGCAAUCCCCAUUGUUCAAGGGAGCCCAAAAAAUGCUACUACUUCACAGCUAGCUUCCUGGCCUUGUGGCAGUGUUGUAAAACCGGAAUCAUCCAUUAAGCAGAAGGAUGCGAUCCCCAUUGUUCGAGGGAUCCCAAAAAAUGCUAAUACUUCACAGCCAUUUUUCCGGCCCUGUGGCAGCGUUGUAAAACCAGAAUCAUCCAUUAAGCAAAAGGAUGUAGUCACCAUUGUUCAAGAGAUCCCAAAAAAUGCUACUACUUCACAGCUAGUUUCCCGGCAUUGUGGCAGCGUUGUAAAACCGGAGUCAUCCAUCAAACCGAAGGAUGCAAUCCCCGUUGUUCAAGGGAUCCAGAAUAAUGCUCCUUCACAAUCAGUUUCUGUUGAUACAACUCAGUUGAUUGAGAAGACUAAUGCAUCUCAUGACAAAGGCAAAUCCCGAGAAUCAUCGGUGAAACUGUCAUCUCAUGACAAGAGAAUGCUGAAAAAUGAGGCCAUGCGUAAGAACUUGUUCGUGAAUUGGGCUCCUCCAACACUGAUUGGAUGCGAUGUCGACUAUGACGAUGAAGAUUGGCUGUUUAGUAAGAAGGAUGAAGAUAGACCAAGCAAACGAGCAAGAGUUGAUGUCGAUAAUACUCAAAGCAGUACAGACAAUCUUCCGUGCUCAGCUUCUGUCAUACAGCCGAGGGCACAAUUGCUGGCCGAAGUCGGAAUCCAUGCCUUGCCAUUUACUGUGCCGUUCUAAGCUGAUAAUCUCGAUGCUUCGUAUGACCAAUAUUUGUAAUCGUCUAAUCGUCCUGCCAUGCUUACUACCGUGAACUACUGCUACUGAAGUGGGGAGUAAAAGCUGUGAGGGACCAUAGAAUGAUCUAGAACUCAAAUCGGAACUCAAAAUUGCACACAUGGAAGUACAGUGAUAGGGUUUUGUAUAUUUGGCGGGGAUGGUAAUACUGUGGGUGCACUACUAUCCGAGUUUUUUAGGCUUGGAAUCAUUUUUUGAGUUUUUGUUUGAACUGUACAUAUGGUGACUACUACUAUGAUGAUAGUCCUAUUGGGCAAACCAUUAAUACGAAUCUCCUUUGUUUGACAACUGCACUUUUUCGUAUGCUUUCCCAGGAUUCUUGUAGUCGAACAAAAAUUCUGCUUUAUGUACUUGUUUCAAAUGAGUGAUAAGUAUUAAGUACGUACUCCUUAGCUGCUUAAACUUGAGUAGCCUCAAAUAAAGAUGUACGGUGUACCUAUGUUCUUGUCUAACGUACACAGAACUUUAAAGCUCACAAGAAAGCAGGAUCAUCUCCCAACAUUU